CUUCUCAGUAAAAUUCUUCAUUUCUUCAGCCCCAAUUGUGUUCCAGAAAAGUUCAAAACUCACAAAAAUUAGAAAAUUUUGAGCCUUCAAAUUUCAAUUUUGACUUUUCACGUUUCCCAUAAACCCUAAUUCAUUUCUUCCAAAGUCGAAACUUUGAUCUAAUCUCGUUAACAAUUUGUGCAUUUCCAACACAGAAGUGGAAUUGGAAUUGGAAUCAGAAUUACCAUGGCGAUGAUCGACGAGCCAUUGUAUCCAAUUGCGGUAUUAAUCGACGAAUUGAAGAACGAAGACAUUCAGCUCCGGUUAAACUCGAUCCGCCGACUCUCGACGAUUGCGCGUGCCCUCGGAGAGGAGAGGACGCGGAAAGAGUUGAUUCCGUUUCUCAGCGAGAAUAAUGACGAUGACGACGAGGUGUUGCUGGCCAUGGCGGAAGAAUUAGGAGUUUUUGUACCGUACGUUGGCGGUGUAGAGCAUGCUAAUGUGUUGCUUCCGCCUCUGGAAGGGCUUUGUAGCGUUGAAGAGACGUGUGUCAGGGAUAAAGCUGUGGAAUCUUUGUGUCGAAUUGGAUCUCAAAUGAGGGAAGCUGAUUUGCUCGAGUUUUUUAUUCCUCUCGUGAAGAGACUAGCUGCGGGUGAGUGGUUUACAGCUCGAGUUUCUUCUUGUGGAUUGUUCCAUAUUGCUUAUCCCUCAGCCUCAGAGACAUUGAGAAAUGAAUUAAGGACUAUAUACAGUCAGUUGUGUCAAGAUGACAUGCCCAUGGUGAGGAGAGCAGCUGCAACAAAUCUAGGAAAGUUUGCUGCUACCGUUGAACCAGCUCAUUUGAAGACUGACAUAAUGUCAAUGUUCGAGGAUCUGACUCAAGAUGAUCAAGAUUCUGUGCGAUUAUUGGCUGUUGAAGAUUGUGCAGCUCUUGGGAAGCACCUGGAGCCUCAAGAUUGUGUGGCACAUAUUCUUCCGGUUAUAGUUAAUUUCUCACAGGACAAGUCUUGGCGAGUUCGUUACAUGGUUGCCAACCAACUCUAUGAGCUCUGCGAAGCAGUGGGGCCAGAGGCCACAAGAACGGAUUUGGUUCCUGCAUAUGUUCGGUUACUUCGUGACAAUGAGGCUGAAGUUCGCAUAGCUGCUGCUGGAAAAGUAACAAAAUUCUGCCGAAUAUUAAGCCCUGAGCUUGCAGUUCAGCAUGUCUUACCCUGUGUGAAGGAAUUAUCUUCAGACUCAUCCCAGCAUGUUCGUUCUGCUUUGGCCUCAGUCAUAAUGGGAAUGGCUCCUGUUUUAGGAAAGGAUGCAACUAUAGAGCAGCUUCUGCCUAUAUUUCUUUCACUUCUGAAGGAUGAGUUCCCUGAUGUUCGACUAAACAUUAUUAGCAAGCUUGAUCAAGUGAACCAGGUUAUUGGAAUAGAUCUGCUUUCCCAGUCCCUCCUACCGGCUAUUGUUGAGCUUGCCGAAGAUAGACAUUGGAGAGUUCGACUUGCAAUUAUCGAGUACAUACCUUUAUUGGCUAGUCAGUUGGGUGUUGGCUUUUUUGAUGAUAAGCUUGGUGCACUGUGCAUGCAAUGGUUGAAAGACAAGGUUUUCUCAAUUCGAGAUGCAGCAGCAACUAAUGUGAAGCGCCUUGCUGAAGAAUUUGGUCCAGAAUGGGCAAUGCAGCACAUUAUUCCACAGGUUUUGGAUAUGAUUAAUGACCCACAUUACCUUUACCGAAUGACCAUUCUUCAUGCCAUUUCGCUUCUUGCUCCUGUAAUGGGUUCUGAAGUUACAUGCUCUAAGCUCCUACCUGUGAUUGUGGAAACAGCAAAGGACAGGGUUCCAAAUAUCAAGUUCAAUGUUGCAAAGGUGUUGCAGUCUCUUGUUCCAAUAGUUGAUCAGCCGGUUGUAGAGAAGACAAUCCGACCAUGUCUAGUUGAGUUAAGUGAAGACCCAGAUGUUGACGUGAGGUAUUUCGCCAACCAAGGACUACAGGCAAUCGAACAGGUUAUGAUGUCGAGUUAAAGCAACAUGGCCAGGUUCCAUUUUUUGUCACCCUAGUGCUGUGAUUAGUUUGUUAGAUAUGGGAUUGUAUUUGAAUUUCAAGAUUUAGCGGGUUUCUUUUUUAUUUUUAUAGGCAGCAGUUUCCAAAUAGUUUGUUGUGGUUUGAUGUAAUCUUUUUGUUUUUCCUUUCCUUGGAUCUUGAAUCUCUCCUCUUUAGCUACUUUUGAUGAUUUUGUCACAUAUGAGUUUUGUGGUGGAGGAUAUACCGAUCACUUAUUAAAUGAUAUAGACGGAGUUAAUUUUGCUGCCUA